UAGAAAAUAAAACAGUCUAGAUUGUCAUCUGACACACGCCCUAGAUCCAGCAGAGUCAACGGUUCUGUUUCUCUUUCAUUUUUACUACAUCACCAAACAGUCAAACAAUCCUUAUCCAACACACUCCAGAAAAUCUCCACGGCUAUAAAAAUGGAGGGUCUUGUUUGCUCAAACGCUGUCGUUUUGGAGGGCUUCCUCUCUUCUCUCAUUGAAGCCGUGGUACUUGAAACAGCCAUUGCUGCUUGGAAGGCACUUGCUUUGUCACUUUUCAUGAUAGGUUCUUUGCCUAACAGAUCCAGUGACAUCCCAGAAGAGUCAGGCACAAGUCGAGGGUUUCCAUUUACUGGGCUUCACGUAAGGAAGAAACCUGAUCCUGAUAAUCAAGAUGCCAGUGAUACCGAGGAUGAUGAAGACGAUGAGGAUGGCCAAGAUGAUCAGGACGAGGAUGAUGAAGGCGAUGAUGAGGAUGUGCCUGACAAAGGAGAGGAUGGUGAGGAUCUGGAGGAUGAGCCUGAAGCCAAUGGUGAUGGUGGCAGUGAUGAUGAUGAUGAUGAAGAAGACGAUGAUGAUGAGGAAGAUGAAGACGACGAUGAUGACGAGGAGGAUGAAGACGAGGAUGAAGAGGAGGAUGAGGAAGAUAUUCCCCAGCCACCAUCUAAGAAGAGGAAAUGAGGCCAAAAUCAUUUUCCUCUUUUUUUCUUAUUUUGUUUUAUUUCUCUUGUUAGAUUAGGAGUUUGGGUUAACAGGGAGCGUAAGCUGGGAGGAUUGAGUGUCUUAUCUGCAUCCUGGUCGAAAAGAUUGUGGCAAGUGUGCGGGCACAUAUUGGUAUUUCUAAUGUUUAAGAAUUCAGUUGUUUUUACUGUUGCA